AUGCACUUCCAACGUGGCACAUGCCACUACGGUGAGAGAUGUAGAUUCUCGCACGAUGUGAAUAGGGCUUCCGACCUCGCGUCAAACCCGGCGGUAUACCAUCCCCCAACCCAUGAUCCAGACGCUCGGAAUCAAUACUUCGACUGGAAGAGACUUCUUAGAACUGGGCUCUUACUGUCUACAUAUUUGCGAAGGCGAGAUAAAGAUAUCGCCCAAUUCUGGAACGGGGCUCUUGAAAUUCUUGAAAGCGACAACAGAGAGAAUCAUCAAUCCCUCGCCAAAGAUCUUGUGGACGAUAAGUUUCAGGGCCAUGGAUUUAUCCUGGCAACUACAGAUGCAGACAAUCCAGAGGGAGUACGACCUUUCCCAACUUACAACGAGCCAUUUCUCAAAGUCAUUACCCAUACUUCUCUCUUGAGCUGUCUUUCUGUCGAUUCAUUUGUUGGCACUCUGUACACAUCCUUUGGUGGUACAAAUGGAGAUCGAGCAAUCAGAUAUCUGAGAAGGGUCUGCCAGGGCCUGAUGAGUAAAGGUGAUGAGACGAACGGAAAUGUAUUGGUCAUCUCUCUGGACAUGAUGAAGUUACUGUUGAAUACCCUGUACCAACUUUUGUCAAGAGUCCGACACGCUCGAUUCCACGAUGAAAUGCCCGCACUGCUCGACCUAAUCCGCAAAGUGGGCUCCCAAAUUACCGAAACAUGCUCGAAGGCCGACAUUGACGGACUUGAGAGCAGAAUAGAAGUCAUGCAGAGCCUGAUCACUAGCGCAAACCGCAGUCUUUUUACCCCCAGGGUGCAUGAGGAAAAUCUCCAUAGUGGAUCAGCCCGGUCGUCUUUUCCGUUGGAUAUGCAAACACCCGGUGGGAGACACGACAACGACCUUGCAGAAAUCUCUCAAGUUCAGAUCUUUCCUACCCAUGGAGAGAUCGUCAGCGGCAAUUCAGAAUAUCUACCCUCCACCAACUUCCUUCAGCCGCACUUUCUCCCCGACCCAUUGCAAAGAUACAUUGACUCAACAUUCCGACUCCUGCGCCAUGAUAUCUUCGGCUCAGCCAAAGAUGUCCUUCGAGAUCUGCUGCAGCAGAACGAUUUGACACGGGUUUCAUAUUUCUCAGGUAAAGAUAGCGGGGCACAUCUCUAUCUGGGAGCACAGAUUCUCCAAAUAUUUAUCAAUGAGAGAAAUGACCUCGAAGCGACCGUGUCCUUUGCUACUCCGCCACAAGUCCGCAACAAGACAUCCAACGAGCAAUGUAGAUGGUGGCAAGACUCCAAUCGACUGGAGGAAGGAAGCCUAGUGUGUUUCGUGACGUCCGAAGAAUCUCAUAGGAGGCUUAUUUUUCUCGAGGUCACUGUGAAGAAUGCUUCCAAGGACCGAGCGCACCAGAACAGGAGUAGUCUUGUGUCUGAUAAGUUUCCACCUAGUAUCACGGUCAAGCUUGCGGCAUGCCUACAACAAGAACUGACCUUACUGGGCCGGCUUUACAGCGGAAAGCUCACCGGUAUUCUGGUCGACUUCCAUGGCUUGAUCCCUGCCACGUUCGCCCCUAUCCUGAAAAACCUUCAGCGAAUCCAGCGCGAAGGAGACUUGGCAUUCCAGAAAUGGAUCUUGCCAGGCCGUAAGGAUGAUGAAGAUGGUCAAAGCAUACCCCCACCAGCAUACGCGCGCAAACCAGAAUUUGUCUUUCCCCUGACUUCAAUCACAACUGUUGGAGCUGAAAUGAUUACAUUGGACCCGAGUACCCCUGAGUCUACUGACCUCUUGAAGCUGCAAGCUCAAACUGGUCUCGACCAUGGCCAGUGCCAGGGGCUUAUCGCGGCUCUCACGCGAGAGUAUGCCCUCAUCCAAGGCCCACCGGGCACCGGGAAGUCCUAUCUGGGUGUCAAGCUUGUCCAAGUUCUCCUUGAGAUCAGGGAAAAAGCAAAGCUAGGGCCAAUUCUUGUCAUCUGCUAUACCAACCAUGCCUUGGACCAAUUCUUAAAGCAUCUUCUUGAUGUUGGAAUCCAGAAAAUCAUACGCAUUGGUGGCCGCAGUCAGGCCACUGAGCUUGAAGGCAAGAACCUUCGCGUUGUCAGUAAAGACAUUGGGAAGACGAGGCGACCGGAUACGGAAGGAUUCACAACUGUCACUGGCGAUAAGUUACUCAACUGGCUUGGAACCACAUCAAUGAAAAUCCAGAAAGACCAGAAUGAGAGCGGAGUUGACGAUGUGCGCUUGGAAGGCCUCACACGCGCUGCGAAUGAAAAUAUUCACAGUCUCUCGAUACCUGAACGCCGGAUUCUUGCAAUGAGCUGGUUCAGACAGUGGCAGGAGAUCGAAACCGCUUCACUUUUUGAGGCUCUUGAUCACGCUGCAGAUCUUCGCGGAGACAUCAAUGCAGUCCAUGAAGAAGUCAACCGUAGAGCCUUGAUUCAAGCAGAUGUAGUAGGUAUCACGACCACAUCACUUGCACGCCAUAUCGAGACACUGCGCCGAGUAGGAACAAAGGUCAUUAUAUGCGAGGAAGCAGCUGAGAUAAUGGAAGCCCACGUCAUCUCAGCCCUCAUGCCAGGAGUUGAACACUUCAUUCAGAUUGGGGAUCAUCGACAGCUGCGACCACAGAUUCAAAAUCAUUCACUUAGUCUUGAAUCAUCCACAGGAAAGAUGUGGCAGCUAGACAGAAGCCAGUUUGAGAGACGCGCUCUCGGUGAGCCAGGUCUUAAGCCAGCCCCUAUUGCACAGCUUAAUGUACAGCGGAGAAUGAGACCCGAGAUCUCGCAACUAAUUAGGAAUGUCUAUCCCAAACUGGAAGAUCAUCAAAGCGUGACGACUGUACCCAAUGUUGUUGGAAUGAGGAACAACCUCUUCUGGCUAGAUCAUCUUUGCGAUGAAGACUCGAGAGAUGAUGGCAGCCGUGUGAAGUCUCAUAGCAACCAGUGGGAGGUCGAUAUGGCUACUGCUCUUGUUCGGCAUCUUGUUCGGCAGGGAGAGUACAAGAGCACAGAUAUUGCCCUCUUGACUCCAUAUACUGGGCAGUUGCGGAAGCUCAGGACAUCGCUUAGCAAAGAUUUUGAGAUUUGCCUCAGUGAACGAGAUCUAGAAACCUUGGCUGCGGAUGGGUUUGAGAAGGCUGAAGAUGAAAAUCCCGAGUCAAAUGGUCGCAAAGCACUCGAGAAGAAGACUUUGCUUCAGACGCUCCGACUUGCCACAGUCGAUAACUUCCAAGGCGAAGAGGCAAAAGUGAUAGUGGUCUCACUAGUUCGCAGCAACUCAAAGCGCAAGGUCGGCUUUCUACGCACCGAAAACCGCAUUAAUGUGCUCCUCAGCAGGGCUCAGCACGGCAUGUAUCUCAUUGGAAAUGCUCAAACAUACCAAAAUGUGCCAAUGUGGGCCGAUGUCCACUCUCAGCUCUCCCGUGCUAAUGCAGUUGGUAUGGAGUUGGCUCUGUGCUGCCCUCGCCAUCCAGGUACGCCUAUUCUAUGCUCUGAGCCUCACGACUUUGAAAGGAAGAGUCCAGAGGGUGGGUGCAGUCUCCCGUGCGACCGUCGACUUGAUCCAUGUGGCCAUCAAUGUCAGGCCAAAUGCCAUUCGGCGGCCAUGCACGACGGCUUUGCGUGCGGAAAGCCUUGCCCGCGUAUCCGAUCAACCUGUCAGCACGAAUGCCCUAAGCUUUGUGGUGAAAAUUGUGGUCUUUGCUUGACGAAGAUUCAAGACGUUGAGCUUCCUUGUGGUCAUAUCAAGAAGGUCCUCUAUUGCCAUCAGAUGUCGAACCUGGACCUCAUCAAGUGCGAUGUUCGAGUUGAAAAGACUGUUCCUAAGUUCGAUGCUCGCAUUCAGCAUGCGACUCAACUUGCGAAAAGGCAUGUGCACCAUGCAUCGAGAAAUGCACCUGGUCCUGCCUCCAUCAAGGUUCCUGCUCAAUGCCUUGUGCGGCACCAUUGCGGCAACAAGAGUGAUGCUCGUGUUGACUUCAUCGAAAUGAAAGAAUACUGUGAAAUCAACCUCGAUGAAACUCCAAUUAUCGUGCUUGGAUGCGGUCAUUUCUUUACAAGUGAGUCGGUUGAUGGAUUGGUUGGCCUGGAUCAAGUAUACACAAGGGAUCAAGAUGGAAAGUUUGAAGACCUCCGCGAUCUCUCUUCUUCUCUCGCCACAGCCAUACCCUCGUGCCCUGACUGUAAACAACCCAUUCGCCAGUUUGUGACGAAACGUUACAAUCGUGCUGUUAAUCGUGCUGUUAUGGAUGAGACUUACAAGCGGUUCCUAGCCAAGGGUCGCAAAGACCUCGCAAAUCUCGAAUCGCGUCUGAAUGAUAUUGAACACAAGCUCAACUCGAAGGGGGCAGUUGUUAGCCCUGUGGACGCCGCUGGAAAGCUCGAAGCAAUUGACAAAGAGGCCUUGAGACUUGGUAGAACCAUGCAGGCCGAGAAUCAACCGAUGAAACGGCUCAUGGAUGCGAUUACCGCCAGCCAGAAACUGGAACAGGACGAAAUAGCCUCCCUAUCAGCCAGAAUGGAGGCAACAAAUCUAGCAACCCAGGAACCCGAUAGUCAAAUCACUCUUGGCGCAAGGCUAAUUCAGAUGAAAUCCCAAGAACUUGCAAUUAGCCAUCUGUUCAGGGUUGCGGAGUCAAGAAAGAAUCCUCUAGAAGUACGGCCAAGUGUCACCAAAGCAUCACCAAUGUUGACUUCGAUGUUGGCAAAUUGCCAAGACUUGAUAACUCAGGCGCAUGAGCGAAGCCUCUACCGCAUCGUCAUCACGGCAACUAUCUCAUUGGCAAAAAUCGCCCAGCUGGACGCGUGGCAUCGCCGCACUCAUCCAGCAAAAACAACAUCGGGUCUGAAUCCCAAAGAAGUCAGCGCCAAUUCCGAAAAGCUCGAAAAUCGCACUGAAACCAUCCGCGAUCUCCUCGCCACUGCCUUGAGAUUAUGUGAUGGACUGGGGAACUGCCCCGAGCUCCAAGAACAGGUCCAGGAAAUGACCCGUCUCUACGAGGGGCCGCGGUAUGAGACAGUGACUUUAGAAGAAUUGGAAUCAAUCAAGACGGCCAUGGUCAGUGGGCGAAAGGGUAUAGCGACUCACUCUGGGCACUGGUACAAUUGCGUGAAUGGACAUCCGGUGAGUAAAGUUCCUAGUCUCGAUCUGUCCAUGUCCCAAAUCACUUUGAUGGGACAGAUGAGCUAA